AUGAUGAACUGUAUCCCGCAUUGUCAACCGAAGGAAUCACCCCUCACCUACGCAAACAGCAUCAACACGAGCAACACCGCCAACCCCAGCUACUACUCCCCCACAAACGCCGAUCCGUCUGAACCCCAAGACGCCAGAAUUUCUGCAUCGAUUUCCAAUGCCUCUGUCCCCGACCUAACUGGAUGCGGAAUGUUGAAGAGGGGUCGGACUAUAACUGCUCACCCACCCACCACCACCACCUCCGCAGUGGCCGUCACGAGUGCCCGAAGUGUCAAUCACUUGACGAAAUACGGCGACCGCGUACUCACACUUCCGAAGGGCCUGAUGCUAUCGUGUGAUCGCGUGUGCUGUGGUCGCCAAGCUUCAACAGAGGUUUUCUGCUGUGCUUUUUUUUGUCUGCUAACCGCGGCGAACAAUGGCCAGACAGAAGGAGUGAGUCAUUCUCUGGACAGGCAGAAGCGAAAGAUUAAAGAGGAAGGAACCUGCUGUCUAUCCCUCCCCCCGCACCCAGCCUUCACAUCCAUUAGUAGUAAUGGCAGCGAUUGCGUGAUGGGCAGUGGCUCGCUCCCUCUACUAACGACCCGCCAAGACAAUUGA